AUGCAGGUGGUGUUCAGAGGCCAGAAGCUGCAGCUGAUGACGUCCCACUUUGAGAGCUGUAAGGCCAACAGCGAGGAGAGGAUGAGGCAGCUGAGGCUGGUGAUGAAGAAGAUGAGCCAGGCUCCAGAUGACGUGACGGUUCUGUUUGGAGGAGACACCAACCUGAGAGACUAUGAGGUGGCCGCUGUGGGGCUUCCCCCUAAUGUCUGUGACCUGUGGGAGGAGCUGGGGGAGCCGGAGAAGUGCCGCUACACAUGGGACACGGGGGCAAACACCAACAAGGAGAUUGAAUUCAAGUGCCGCUUCCGCUUCGACCGGGUGUACCUGCGAAGGGCCGCCCAGGACGGAGUCCCCCUGAUGGACCCCCACAGCAUGGCUCUGAUCGGGCUGGAGAAGCUCAGGUGUGGCAUGUUCACCAGCGACCACUGGGGGAUCUACAGCACCUUCUCCAUCAAGCCGAAAGAAACCGACUGACUUCUCUCCAAAGGAAAAAUUUCUAUGACCGACUAUUAGGGCCAGGCUGGACUUGUUAUUUUCUUCUAUUACGAGAAUAAAGACGUAAAAUUACUAGAAUAAAGUCAUCAUACAUCAACCGUUUCAGAAAGAAAGCUUGGAGCUCCGCCCAGCAGAUG